UUCUAUCAAGAAAAUAAGGGGGUUUUGCCUCCAAAACGGCUACAGAGGUUUUGGAAGAGAAGGAGGCGAAGCUGAAUCUGCGAAUCUUAAAGCUCAGAACAGACCGAUUGGUGGCUGUUUUACAGGGAUGAUGUAGUCAGCAAGGACUGAUGGCAUUUUUGCUACUCAGAUUAGCCAACUCUCUGAUUGUUUGGUUAGUUUCCCAUGCUCCUGAACUACCCGUUUACAGUUAUGCUUAAAAUACCCAAAUUCACCAAAAAUCUGCAAUAUUUUUUCAAAACCCCCAGUUUUUCAAUUUCCCCAUCUGGGUUUAACAGAUUUUAUAAUGAUACUGUCUUCAACAACACAAAUGGAUUGGAUUCGGGGACCGAGUGGGAGCGGCUGCUCAAACCAUUCGACCUCCCCGAGCUACGAACUUCACUCACCCGAAUUACGCCUUAUCAGCUCUGUAAAUUGCUUGAGCUUCCUCUGGACGUGCCCACUUCCAUGGAGCUAUUCCAGUGGGCAGGCACCCAGAAGGGGUAUUGCCAUAUGUUUGAUGUUUACUAUAUGCUAAUCGAUAAGCUUGGGGCGGCUGGGGAGUUCAAAACCAUAGAUGCGCUGUUAAUGCAGAUGAAACAAGAAGGGAUUGUUUUUAGAGAAUCCCUUUUCAUCUUGAUUAUGAAACACUAUGGCAGAGCUGGUUUGCCCGGGCAAGCCACUAGAUUGUUGUUGGAUAUGAGAGGUGUUUAUUCUUGUGAACCUACUUUUAGAUCUUAUAAUGUUGUAUUGGAUGUUCUGUUGGCUGGGAAUUGCCCUAAGGUUGUUCCCAAUGUUUUCUAUGAGAUGUUGAGUAAAGGAAUUUCUCCUACUGUUUAUACAUUUGGUGUGGUGAUGAAAGCCCUUUGUUUGGUUAACGAGGUGGAUUCUGCAUGUGCACUCCUUAAGGAUAUGACGAGGCAUGGGUGUGUCCCGAAUGCAAUAGUUUAUCAAACUCUAAUGCAUGCCCUGUCAAAGGUAGGCAGAGUGAAUGAAGUGCUGAAACUCUUGGAAGAAAUGCUUUUGAUGGGUUGCAUCCCAGAUGUGAACACCUUCAAUGAUGCUAUCCAUGGCCUUUGUAAGAUGCUGCGGAUUCACGAGGCUGCAAAACUGGUUGAUCGGAUGCUUCUCCGGGGAUUUACCCCUAAUUCUUUUACUUAUGGAGUUUUGAUGCAUGGUUUAUGUAGAAUGGGAAAAGUUGAUGAAGCAAGGAUGUUAUUGAACAAGGUGCCCAACCCGAAUGUUGUGCUGUUUAAUACAUUGAUAAACGGUUACGUGUCAAGAGGCCGGUUGGAUGAAGCCAAGGCUGUUAUGCAUGAGAGCAUGUUAAGCGUUGGAUGUGGCCCUGAUAUUUUUACAUAUAACACACUGAUCCUUGGUCUUUGCAAGAAGGGGUAUUUGGUUUCAGCUCGUGAAUUGAUGAAUGAGAUGCAAAUCAAGGGUUGUGAGCCCAAUGUGAUUACCUACACGAUUUUGAUUGAUCGGUUCUGUAAGGAAGGCCGACUAGAGGAAGCUAGGAAUGUUUUAGAUGAGAUGUCAGGAAAAGGACUUGCUCUAAAUGCAGUGGGUUACAAUUGUCUAAUAUCUGCUUUAUGCAAGGAUGAGAAGGUCCAGGAUGCUCUAAAUAUGUUUGGUGACAUGUCGAGUAAAGGAUGCAAGCCAGAUAUCUUCACAUUUAAUUCUUUAAUAUUUGGGCUAUGCAAGGUUAAUAAGUUUGAGGAGGCCUUGGGAUUAUAUCAAGACAUGUUGUUGGAAGGUGUUAUUGCCAACACUAUAACUUACAAUACAUUGAUUCAUGCGUUCCUGAGGAGAGGUGCAAUGCAAGAAGCCCUUAAGCUUGUGAACGAUAUGUUGUUUAGAGGCUGCCCUCUUGAUGACAUCACUUAUAAUGGCCUAAUAAAGGCACUCUGCAGAGCUGGGAAUAUUGAGAAAGGACUGGCAUUGUUUGAAGAUAUGAUGAGUAAGGGACUUAAUCCCAAUAAUAUUUCUUGCAAUAUUUUGAUCAAUGGCCUCUGUAGAACAGGGAAUAUACAACAUGCACUUGAGUUUCUGAGGGAUAUGAUUCAUCGUGGUUUGACUCCGGACAUAGUAACUUAUAACAGCCUGAUAAAUGGUCUAUGCAAGACGGGGCGUGCUCAAGAGGCUUUGAACCUCUUUGACAAAUUACAAGUUGAAGGAAUUUGUCCUGAUGCUAUCACUUACAAUACUUUGAUUAGUUGGCAUUGCAAAGAAGGCAUGUUUGAUGAUGCCCAUUUGCUUCUAAGCAGGGGCGUGGACAGUGGGUUCAUACCUAAUGAAGUGACAUGGUAUAUAUUAGUCAGCAAUUUCAUUAAAGAAGGUGACCAAGAGUUCUAGACCUUAUCGCAAGCUAAGUCAGUCACUGAAAGGAAGUGUAGGCUUUUGAAGAAUGACAAGUUAUCUUUUGGUUUAGUUUAGCUUUAUAAAAAGUUGCUUGGCCAAUCAUUUUUGCUGAUACCUGAAGUUAAGAAUUCUUUCAACCAAAUAUGAAUCAAUUAACCUUUGAUUGUUUCACUUUCUGAUGCUCCGGAGUGCACAUUAGUUGGAUCGGUCAUUGGUUACUAGGAAUUUGUUGCAUGAAAAUGCUUGUUAUCUCAGAGGAAGUGUGCUGAUGCGGACUGGAGGAGUUCCAAAGGCAGUUCUAGCUGGGAUUUCUUUUAGGGGAAUAGACACUUCAAAGUAGUUUGUCGUGUUGAUUGCAUUGCUGCCAUUUUAAGAGAUUUGUACCCAAGCUUACACCUCUUUGAAAUACUGGGUCUGAAUGCUUGGAAAAAACUUCCAUGGCCGAUAUUCAUCAACUCAGACGAAUCUUAAAGUUGGUUGAAUUAGAAGAUGUUGAAGACAUAUGCUGAGAAGAAAAAUUCCCAUUGUCCAAACUUGUGAGAUGCGAUUCACAAACAAGGCAAGACAACAAGUUUGAGCUGUCUAUAUGGGAGUUCUAUUGUUGAUCAAUCUAAACAAGUUCUUGCCAUGCAGAUGGGAUGCUAGACUUGGCAAAUAUGGUUCAAGUGCCUCCAGAAGAGAUCUAUACAACUGUAUGUUAGCAUCCUGUGGGAAAACAAUGAUAUCGGUGGCUGUUUGGAUCACAUAAUUGCCAAACUGAUCGUGGGCAAGUUGUGGAAGUCUCCCACUUGUUGUAAGCUCUUUAACUGCAAAACUCAUCCAAUGAGACUUCAAGCACUUCUCCACAAUAUGGCUGCCACUCUUCUGAACCGAGAGUCGUACAUAGUACCCUUGGAGAAGAUGGCAUAUCUUGCUUGUGAAAACAGGGUGAUGAAGUUCAAGGAUGUGCUGGACAACAAAGUUCCUGAAAAGAAGAUGAAUUCAGCAACCAAGUCUUCAUAAAAUCAGAAUGACAUGUACAUAGAAUUAGGAAACGUGGUUGGUACCCUCUUGGGUCUUGUGAGAGAAACACCGUGUUGUCUGUGAUUUUAUGCAGGAGAAGGUCUCUGUAUGGACCUAUUACGUUGUUGAUGAAACUAUUCAAUGCUAUACAUCCUUUUGCAUGCGUGGCCAAUGCCACACAGGGGAGUAUUGCUGCUCUAUAUAA